AAACGUAGAAGCGAGCGAGUUCAGGGGUUUAUCAACCGCUGAGCUAGAAAAAGACAAACUAACCUCUAGCCCCGGAAGACAUAAUUCGCGGGAGUGAGACAGACACAGCGGAAACUCGGAGGGAGAGAAAAGACUGAAAAGACACCAACCGACAGAGACAGUCGCGAAGUCGCGAAUGAAAUCGACACAGACAGAAGUGAUACAAAAGAGUGCAAAAGAGUGCCGUGCGUGGUAAAUACAACUGCCAGCCGUGCGUGUUUUUUCGCUGUUCAAGACUUCUUUCUCCUAUGUGCAAAUCGUCGGAAAACCCUUAGACAUAUGUCUAUGGGACUCGGGGACAGUGCGGGUCGCGCUGUUGUUGAAAAAUUCAGUGCGAGCGAACAAAACGAACGAACCGAUGUUGUAACAAACGGCCAAAAUGGAAGAGCGAAGCGUGCAUAGUAGUAUCAGCGAUAUAAAUAGUGAAGAGGCAGCCAGAAGUGAACCAUUAAUAUUGCCACGCAAGAAGAGGAUAUGCCUCGUUGGUGCGGCAAGUGAGGAUCCGGCGCUCGGAGCUGCUGCUCAACAAUUCAGUGUACCCGUGUUAAAAUCUCAAACCGGAAUAGAACAUUUAGAAGACACAGCGUACUGCACUUACUUUAUAUUGAAACAUUUCGAGGGUCAUGAAUAUGAAGUAUUGCACAAGAGCGCUCACAGAAUACUGGGGCCAACUGCUCUUGUACAGCUGGCGGAGAAAAAGGAGUCGUUACCGAGUAAUAAUCGACCAAUGUUCACGCAAGCAAUGAAAGGAACUGUGGUCGUGUUUACUGGGUUUCGAAUGAAAGAUGAGUUGACAAAACUUAUCAACAUGAUCCACAAUAUGGGAGGCAGUAUUCGAAAGGAAAUGGGGGCGAAAGUGACGCACCUCAUAGCGAAUUGCUGUGGUGGUGAAAAAUAUAGGUACGCCGUCACAUUUAGGGUUCCCAUAAUGUCCAUGAAUUGGGUGACAGCACUUUGGGACAUGAGGGAAGAUGUUACCUGUUAUGGUAUCAACGAAGAGUUGAUCGCUGCAUGUAAGCUGAAACCAUUUUACGGCGCGAAAGUCUGCUUUUUCGGAUUUCCUGAGGAAGAGAAAAAGCACAUGUGCGAGGUUCUACAACAACAAGGUGGAGAACCUACAGAAAUUGACGAUCCAAGCUGUACACAUGUUGUGAACAACUUAGGCAAGAAUCAGUGCAGGAUAACCGACAGUGCGAACAACACGCUACCAUACUUUAAGAAUCCGUGCUAUUCUCUCGAGGUUCCUCUUCUGAAAUCCAAAGCUCAAUCUUUUCCCUUUGCUUACUACGAUCCCUACACAAAUACAAUUCCCUCCUUGGAAACAUAUUCCAGACAGACUGACUCUGAAGAUUCAAAUCCAAACGAUUUACAGAAAGGACUGAACAUUUUUCAAAGAGAGGAAAACUUGUCAGAAAAUUCGUUGAAUUCGGCGACAACUCCGAUUAAAAAUAACGCCGGCGGUGAUCUCUCUGUAAUUUCAAGUCCAGAUUCCGCGAUUUGUAUGGAUUUCACAUCCAGUUCCAUAAGUAUCUCGGAAAAAUCGAGCGUGAUAUUCAGCUGCCUUCGCGCCAAGAUCGAAUCCAGCAUUGAUUUGUCAUCGUUAUCGAAAAUUUCCUGGCACUCGAAAGAUUCUGGAUAUUCUCCGCUCUGUCGAAUCUCGUUGAAAAAAAUAUCCUGCAAUCUCUCUCUACGUUUCACUGACGACAAACACUUGAUGGAAGUGGACGAGCCGGAAACAUGCGAGAGAAGGACAAUUGUGAAAACUGAAAAUCGAGAGAGAAUUGAUGAUAGGGUUGAUUUUUGGAAUCUCGGUAAAAUUCGAUCCAAGACUUUGUUUGCGAGUUCAAGUCAGAAAGCGGUGACACCGCGACGAUACGUAAAGUGGAGAAAAUCCAAAUCUUCGGUGAAUAUAACCAAGUCUCCGAAAUCGAGAAAGGCAAAAUUUAAGAAGUUUCACUCGCAGUCAAAUUUAAAUAUACGCCGGAGUCGGUAUUUAAGUAAACCGGAUUCUUCCAGCUCUGCUCUUGUACUUGUGCCACAAAGUAACAAAAAAUUCCCCAAGUCGUUGAAGUUAAGUAAUUCAUUUUUUGCGAAAAUUUGUAAUGUUGUUUUGCCUUCUACGUUUAAACAGUAUAUGCAAGUGAGUCCGAUGCACCAGAGUCCGGAGAAAAAUGUACAGAGACAGAAAUACACUCCCAUGCCUAGUCCUUUACCUGUUCCUGCCAAGAUCGCAAGGCUGUCGAAUUCUGAUAUCAAAUCGACGAUUACUCUCACUCCUGAUCGAAAGAUCGCGUGCCAAAAUUCAUCUGCUUCUCUUAACCUUCGCUCUGUGAAAGCUGGCCGAUCAAGGAAGGAGGACAAAUCAUUUUUUGUGGUAGUGGACGAGUCCAAUGUAAACGCAUUACCUGAUCUGGCAUCAGUAAGGGCUCACAUAGUAAAAGCCGAGUGGUUUUGGACGUCUGUGCAAAAUGAAGGUGCAGCUGAUGAAAAGGAGUACCUCUUCGAAGAUUAUUUGGAGUCUGUUCUGUCCCCUUCUGUUUCCGCCCGAAGGGACAGUCAACAGGCAGCGACACCCACAACAGCAUCGACGAGAAGAAAACGCAAAAGACUCGCCGAAACAAUUUCUAGUCUCGUGCAAAAUGGCACGGAUUCACCAACUGUUUACAAAAGAAGAUCCAGCAUCAGUGACGCGGGCCAUUUAAGUGUUAGUGGAAGUUUUUUAGACUGCACUGCUAGUCCCGACAAACAAUUGCUUGAUGAUAUUCCAGAAGUCGAAGUGAAUACUGAAGCAGGAAGAAAAAAUCUAUCACCUCGUCAUCAAGUCUUUCUUGAACUUGUGCAAACCGAAUCCAACUAUGUUGGGAUUCUCAGUACGAUAAUGACGUUAUUCAAAUCCCCACUGGAAGACUUGAUAGAAAAGAGUGGUGAGUUGUUAAAUAGUACAGAGGCGAAAAUCAUCUUCGGAAAUUUUCCGCCGAUUUACGAAGUCCACAAGAAGAUGUUGGAGGAGUUGAGAUACAAUGCGGCGCAUUGGACGGAGGAUGUUAGUAUUGGAAAUGUGUUUUUGAGGUACGCGCCAGAUUUGUUGAAGGCGUAUCCGCCGUAUGUAAAUUUUUUCGAGAACACGAAGGAUAUGUUGGAAGAGUGCGAUCAGAAUAAACCGAGGUUCCAUGCUUUUCUCAAGAUUUGCCAGACCAAACCAGAGUGUGGAAGACAAAGUUUAAAGGAGUUGCUGAUCAAACCAGUGCAGAGACUACCCAGUAUUAGUUUAUUAUUAAAUGAUAUCCUUAAGCACACGAAUAAGAAUAAUCCAGACCACGGUGCCUUAGAACUAUCGAUCAGUAGUAUUAAGGAAGUGAUGACGUAUAUAAAUGAGGACAAACGGAAAACGGAGGGUCAGCUGGCGAUGUUCGACAUAUUCAACGAAAUCGACAAUUGUCCGCCUCAUUUGGUUUCAUCGCAUCGAUCGUUCAUUGGGAAGUGCGACGUUGUGCAAGUGAGCGAAGGUCUGAGUGGUCGAGGAGAUCAUUUGGUUCUCUUCUUAUUCACGGACACUCUCGAGAUUUGCAAAAAGCGAUCGAAGACCUUCAACCAAGCCAAGACGAAUCAUGCGAAACCCUACAAGCAUAUUCAGAUGCUUUCCCUUAGUACAAUAAAGAAAGUCGUUGACAUUCGCGAGACAGAUGAGUGCCAUAAAGUAUUCACGUUAAUGGUUCGAAGCAAUCAGGAAUUGAAGGAAAAAUUAUUUACGUUCACGAUAACCGACGAAGAUGUCAACAAGACGAACUAUUUGCGGACCUUGUGCAGACAAAUGGCGAAUACAGUUUGUAAAGCUGAUGCGGAUACGUUUCUCAUCAGUGCUGAUUCGCAUCAGCUACAAAUUGAUACCAGUGACGUUGCCUUAGGAACAUUAAGUAAAGCAUUUAAGAGCCUAUUUCAUAAUUUUUACCUGGAUUAUAUGGACCCGUAUGUGUUCCUACUCAAUAGCAUGUGUGAAACCACGUUGCAUGUCCCAUUACCGUUCGCAUCAAGUACGAAAAUGAAAGUCGGACGAGCUUUCAGUUUCAAUAAAACGCCGAGUAAAUUGAAGAGAGCGAUGUCAACGAUGAUGUCACCUUUUGGAUCGACACACAGCCUUACACCUACCAGUCAACAACUCGCACAAAUGAGACUGGCGAGUUGCAACAAUAUUAAUGAACUGGGCAAUGGUGGUCCAGGUUCGCAAAAUAGAGACGAAGUCCUAAUGGCACCAAUGUCUGUGCAACCGACCCGGAAGGCAAAGUGCAGCACACUCAGUAUGGCCUCACUUCGAAGUAGAAACUGUUCGGAGGAAGUUCAGGACAAGUCUGACAUUUGAGAAGAACAUCGAAAAUUGUACCGGAAACGGUACCUCUUGUGUCUUUUUCAACGCCAAAUAGAAGGGUAUUGUCAAUAGAAAAUUUGGGAUAAAGAAAAACUCCUUGAAGAGUUUAAACUUGGACCGAUUUGAUUGAUAAAGUUCCCUCUAUUUUUUUCCUUUCCCGGAGAUCCUGAAGAGAAAAACUUCAUCGAUAGAGGAGUGAAAAUCCUCGAAAAAUUGCUCUUGUGACAAUUUUUAGUGCGCUUCUUACCAAUCCGAAUUUUUGGCGUCGAUGACGCGUUCAAGUCAUUAAUCUGUAUUUACUACACUUAGUGGAUGAUUAUUUUGUACAGAGGAGAAUGUUUUUAUUAUUUUCCGCAAAAAGUUGAUAAUUUUAGUCUCAGGGAAAAUCCGAGAAAGCAGCUAUUAAGUUAUCUUAGUGUUUAAUUUAAUAAAAACUGCUCCAAGCAAAUCUGAUUUAUGAAAACUCGGUGCGUUUGUGAGUUUGGCGUGUUUCGAGAUCAGAAUUUUCAGUCGAGGAUCCUGAAUUUGAUUUAUUUUCCCAGUGACACACUAAAUUCUUUGAUAUUUAUUGCAACUGACAUUUUUUGGCAUAAUUUUUGUUGUCACUAGGAAAAUUCAAAUAGAGAAAGUCCAUUUUUUUAUGGAAACUUGUACCUUAGAAUGGAGUGAAAUCAAAGAAUACUUGUAUUUUGAAAGACUUUCAAAAAUUACGAAAUCAAAAUCGACAUCUACUUUGAAAAUUGGAUUAAACUUUCUUAUCGGAUAAAAAAUCGUCUUUCAUAUUUCAAGUUCAUAAAGUUGAGCAGACACUGUUGUAAAGAUAAAAAUGAAUGAUAGAAACAGCUCAGUUGAUUUAAGUUAGUCUGUUGAAAUAAUUAUUUAAUAGUGAGAAUCCUAUAAUAAUAUAAAUGAUUUAAUCCUAAUAAUUUGUCUAAAUUGUAUUGUAAUAAUUUGUAUGAUUUGUAGCUAUUAAUUUAAUGAAACCCGAUUAUUUAGUGGAGAAUUUUACAGGAAUAUUUUAGUUUAUAUCAGGAGAAACAGAGCAGAACGUGUAAAUAAUAAAUUAAUAAGUUGUA